UUCAUUUUCCAUUGUCCAAAUCUCCAUUUACACGAAAAAUGGACUCCAAAAUAAGCCCACACUAAAUUACCAAACCUAUCCACUGCUACUACACCCUCGCCGUAGCUCUCUCCGGCGAAUACAUCGCGCUCACCUCGCCGUUGAUCUCUCCGGCGAAGAUUUUGCCUACACUAGCUGAAGGCCCUUCUUACCGGAGUUCCGAGUACUGUGUUGCUGGUUCCUUCACGUUUCUGUAACUGAACUCUGAAUUUUGAAUCCAUAAAUUUGAAAUCUUGGAUCCGCAACUAUGAUGGCGAGUGGUGAUCCUCAUCAGCACCAGCACCAGCACCCACCGCUGCCACAGCAACAAUUCCAGCAACAACACCAGCAACAACCCCAGCAACAACACCAGCAACAACACCAGCAACAACACCAGCAACAACACCAGCAACAACACCAGCAACAACACCAGCAACAACACCAGCAACAACACCAGCAACAACACCAGCAACAACACCAGCAACAACACCAGCAACAACACCAGCAACAACACCAGCAACAACACCAGCAACAACACCAGCAACAACACCAGCAACAACACCAGCAACAACACCAGCAACAACACCAGCAACAACACCAGCAACAACACCAGCAACAACACCAGCAACAACACCAGCAACAACACCAGCAACAACACCAGCAACAACACCAGCAACAACACCAGCAACAGCACCAGCAACAACACCCUCCACAUUUUGGAGAGUUUCCAAGGGGUCCACAACCUCUGCCAGGUCCACCUCCCAUGAUGCGGCAGCCAUCUGCAUCCUCCACUACUCUUAAUGCUCAGCCACCUGGACCUCCUCCUCAUCCUUCUUAUGACGCUCAUGCUGACAGUUUUGCUGCAAAGAGAAUGAGAAAAAUUGGCCAGAGAAGAGCAGUUGACUACACCAGUACAGUUGUAAGAUAUAUGCAGAUCCGCAUGUGGCAGCGCGAUUCAAGGGAUAGGACAGUGUUACAACCUAGCCCAGCAGCAGCAGUUGAUAUAUUGCCAGCAGUUGCCUAUUUGGAUAAUCCAUCCACAAGUUUUGCUGCUAAAUUUGUUCAUACAUCUCUAAAUAAAAACCGUUGUUCAAUCAAUUGUCUUGCGUGGACUCCUAGUGGGCGGCGCCUUGUUACUGGAUCUCAAAGUGGUGAAUUCACACUAUGGAAUGGACAAUCAUUUAACUUUGAAAUGAUACUUCAGGCUCAUGAUCAAGCAGUCAGGUCAAUGGUAUGGAGCCACAAUGAUAACUGGAUGGUCACUGGUGAUGAUGGGGGGACACUAAAGUAUUGGCAAAACAAUAUGAAUAAUGUCAAAGCCCAUAAGAAUGCACAUAAAGAAUCAAUACGAGAAUUGAGCUUCUGUAGUACAGAUUUAAAAUUCUGCUCCUGCUCUGACGACACUACCGUUAAAAUAUGGGACUUCGCAAGGUGCCAAGAAGAGCGCUCAUUAUCUGGCCAUGGUUGGGAUGUGAAGAGUGUUGAUUGGCACCCUACAAAGUCUCUAUUAGUCUCAGGUGGAAAAGAUAAUCUUGUUAAACUUUGGGAUGCCAAGUCAGGAAAGGAGCUUUCGUCAUUUCACGGACAUAAGAAUACCGUUCUCUGUGUAAAGUGGAAUCAAAACGGUAACUGGGUCCUUACUGCUUCCAAGGAUCAAAUUAUAAAGCUUUAUGACAUACGUGCUAUGAAGGAGGUUGAGUCAUUCCGAGGGCAUCAGAAGGAUGUGACAUCACUGGCCUGGCAUCCAUUUCAUGAAGAAUAUUUCGUCAGUGGAAGCUUUGAUGGUUCAAUAUUUCAUUGGCUUGUGGGGCAUGAAGCACCUCAAGUAGAAAUUACAAAUGCACAUGAAACUGGUGUUUGGGAUCUUGCGUGGCACCCCAUUGGCUAUCUCCUUUGCAGUGGCAGCAAUGAUCAGACAACAAAGUUCUGGUGCAGAAAUAGGCCUGGGGACUCCGCUCGUGAUAAAUUCAAUUUAGGACAGCAAGGUUUGGGUGAUCAACACAAUGUUCUUGGUCGCAUGCCUGGUAAUUUUCCAGGUCCUGAGCCCCCAUCAACUCCUGGAGCAUUUGCCUCUGGUAUGUUACGAACUGACGGUACAAUACCUGGAGUUGGAGCUGCAAUGCCACUGUCUAUUCCAUCACUUGAUUCAUCUUCUCAAGGAGAACAGAAGACUUCAAUGCCUUUAGGAGCUCCUCCUCUUCCUCCUGGUCCACAUCCAUCGCUUCUUGGAAGUAAUCAGCAGCAAGCAUAUCAACAAAACAUGCAGCAAGCUCAGCAGCAGCAGUCACUACCUCAACAAAUGACUUCUCUUCCUUUGCAACCACCGAAUUUGCCACAGCUACAGCCUCCACAUAUGCCUCUAAUGCCACAUCCUCAUCUACCUCGGCCACCACAUCAACUACAACCAGUAAACAUGCCUGGCCUUCAAUCUUCAAUGCCAGGAUCUGGACCCAUCCAAGGAAUGCCUCCGAUGGGGAUACAAGGUAACAUGAAUCAGAUGGGCCCUCCAAUGCCUCAAGGUCAUUUUGUUGGCAUGCCUCCUGGAUCUGGACCGCAGGGCAAUGUUCCCCCUGGUGGAAUGCCAAAUGGAUUGCCAAACAUGCAAGGCCCUCAAAAUUCAGGAGGCAAUCAGAUGUUUCCACCAGUACGAGGCUUCAACAGGCCACAAGCUGGACAGAUGCCGCUCAUGCCUGGACUUAAUCCUUAUCAGCAAUCUGGAAAUCCAAACACACCACCUGGAAUGCACAUGCAGUCAAACUUUGGUCAUCAAUCUGGAAUGCCUCCGCCACUGCCGCCAGGGCCUCCACCACAUAAUCAAGGACAUCAAUAGGCCAUUGUUUAUAGUUUCAAGCUUUGUUCAAAUUCUAUUCUCUGCACCAGUUUAAUUGGCUAAUUGAUUUCUUUUGACAGACAGUCGGAUACCAUAUCUGUAUUUUCUUCAAUGUAUGUUUAGAGAAAAGUUAUUGCACAUCUAGGCAUUCGGAAUUAAUAUUUCGACAGCACUUCUAUUUUUAAAGAAUUCAUAAUGAUUCUUGGUUUGUCA